AAUUUCACUUUAAUUUCUUUACAGUCAUGGCAUCUGCAGAUGUGAGAAAGGAGCUGCUGGACUGUUCUGUCUGUCUGAACAUUUAUACGGAUCCUGUAACCCUGAAAUGUGGACACAACUUCUGCAGGGUCUGUAUUGAUCAGGUAUUGGAUACACAGGAAGGAUCUAGAGUUUAUUCCUGUCCUGAAUGCCGAGGAGAGUCUGUGGAGAGGCCUGUACUGAUAAAGAACAUAACUCUGUGUAACAUCGCGGAGAGUCUCCUCUUUCCUCAGCCAACUCAGGAUGAGACUGGAGUCUUCUGUACUUACUGUGUGGACUCUCCUGUACCGGCUGUUAAAUCCUGUCUUCAUUGUGAAGCUUCUCUGUGUGAUAAACACCUGAAAGUCCACAGCAAGGCACCUGAACAUGUCAUGACUGAACCCACCACCUCCCUGGGGAACAGAAAAUGCUCCAUCCAUAGGGAGCUCUUGAAGUAUUAUUGCAUUGAGGACUCCGUCUGUGUCUGUGUGUCCUGUAGCUUGGCUGGAGAACAUCGGGGACAUCAGGUGGAGAUACUGGAUGAGGCCUCUGAGAAGAAGAAGAAGAGACUGAGAAAUGUUCUGCAGGAGCUUAUCACCAAGAGAGAGGAGACUGAGAGAAGAGUCCGGGGUCUACAGGAACGCAGGAAAAAAGUUCAAGAAAAAGCCGCCGUUGAAGCAGAGAGAUUUAGCGCCUUGCUCACUGACCUCAGGAGAAAGCUGGACGACCUGGAGAGGAAGGUCAUGAAUGACAUAUCCAGGGAGGAAGAGAAGCUUUCACUGUCCAUCUCUGAUAUGAUCCAGCAGCUGGAAAUCAAGAAGGAUGAACUGUCCAGGAAGAUCCAUCACAUUGAGGAGAUGUGUAAUAUGACUGAUCCACUGACUCUCUUACAGGAAUCAGAUAUGGGAGAAGCUGAAGAUAUAGAUAAGGACAGCGAGAGACAUGACAAGCAUAUCCAUGAUGGGGAAUACCUGGAUGUGGGUUUGAUUUUUCAGACAUUACACACAUUAUCUCAGAUUGUAGGAGGUGUAAAUAUAGAGGUCUAUGUACCAAAACCUGCAGAUAUAAUACUAGAUAUAAACACGGCACAUAAUAAGCUCCAUAUAUCAGAUGACAGGAGAGCUGCAUUCUGGUCAGAAACAAAUCGGAAUCGGCCAAAAACACCAGAGAGAUUUCAGAAUUGGAAUAAUGUAUUGAGCAGCAGAGGGUUUACAUCAGGGCGGUAUUACUGGGACACUGAGUGCAGCAAAGAAGCAUGGUGGAUGAUGGGAAUGUGUUAUCCCAGUAUAGAGAGAGAAGGUGAUCAGUCACGUAUUGGUGAAAACAACAAGUCUUGGGGCUUGCGUUGGGAAAAGAAUGCAUUAACAGUAAUACAUGACAGUAAAGAGAUCCAGUUACCUCCUAAGGAUUUCAGUAAACGAGUCAGGAUCUCUCUGGAUUAUGAAGCUGGACAGCUGUCGUUUUAUGAUCUCUCUGAGCCAAUCAGACGCCUCCACACCUUCACCACCACCUUCACAGAGCCCCUCCAUGCUGUGUUAUGUGUGUACUGGAGAAAGGUGAAAAAUGUGUAUGUAGACAGUUGGGUGAGAAUUCUAAAUGGGCAGAAAAAUCCGAUGUAAAAUCUGUAUGUUAGUAACAUCACAGAUUGGUGAUCCUGACUCGCUAUCUCAGACAUUGAUCAGUAAAUAUCGGCUCGACCCCAGCAUAGAUUUCAGAUAUGUUAAAAUAUUUAUUUGUUUGAGUUUCAUCAUUCUUCUAGUAACAUACAUCCACCAUUGAUUUUCUUUCCAUUGAUCACCCUUCUGAGAGUCAAUUGAUGGCAUUUUCUGGAGUGAGGAACAUGGAGCAGCUGAACAUUCCUGCCAAUAGGAGCUAAACAUUAUUUGUAGGGGCAAAGCAGCAACUGGAGAAUACGGGUUACUAAGGGAAAUGUUAAAUCCCCCAAAAACCUCUUGUUCGUGAUAAUAGUUGAUUAUUUCAAAGUUUAGAAAUGUAUCUACUAAUCUUUUAUAUCAAAAAAAGCAAGUGGAUCAAUCAACCUUGGUUAAAAACGAUCCUCUCUCCCAGCACUUAUAUACACGUUAUUCCAAAUAUUUUAAAUGCACAUCAAGCAGCUACUAUAACUAUACAAUUUAAAACCAAUAUGUUCUAAAAUAACUCUAAAAAUCAUACAUAGAAUAUUCUACAAC